GCGGCGCAUGUUCUGAGGCCGCGCGCGGGCAGCGCUCGAAGCGGGCUGCGCGGGUCAGGCUGAGCUCCCGGCGCUGCGGUGCUCCAAACUCUUCCUCCUCUUCACCUCUUGGCAGCUGGCCGAGAUGACGCCUCCGUUCGGCCCUUGGCGAAGCUCCGAGAUGGCCUCUCACUUCCCGCAGCCCAGUUUUCUCUUGGCUAGCUUAAAGAAUGACUGUCUGAACAAGCCUUUCGUCCAGAGGUGUCAUGAUCUUGUGACCAUCAUUGCUGAUUAUCCUGCUAAGGAGCUGCAUGCCAUCUUUCCCUGGCUGGUAGAGAGCAUUUUUGGCAGCUUGGAUGGCAUCAUUUCUGGGUGGAACCUUCGCUGUCUGCAGGGAAGAACAAACCCUACUGAAUACAGUGUUGCCCUUGACUUUCUAGAUCCUGGAGGUCCAAUGAUGAAGCUGGUCUACAAGCUCCAAGCUGAGGAAUACAGAUACGAUUUUCCUGUGUCAUACCUUCCAGGCCCAGUGAAAGCCUCAAUACAAGAACGGAUUUUGCCAGAGUGUUCUUUAUACCACAACAAAGUCCAGUUCUCUCCCGCUGGAGGCCUGAGUUUGAACUUGGCCCUGAAUCCAUAUGAAUAUUACAUGUUCUAUUUUGCAUUGAGCCUUAUUAUGCAGAGGAACAUCCCCGCAACCUGCCAUGUCAGCAUGUCCAACAGUGCAUACUUCGUCCUAGUGGAUAGGUACUUAAAGUGGUUUCUGCCCACAGAAGGCAAUGUCCUUCUGCCCUCUGCCUCAGAUCCUGGAGGUGCUAUCCCUUCACCUGCUCCCCGAUCUCCAGCAGUGCCUUUCACCUCAUAUGGGAUGCAUCCCACAAGCCUUCUGAAAAGGCAUGUUGCUCACCAAACUUCAGUGAAUGCUGACCCUGCUUCACAAGAAAUCUGGAGAUCAGAAACUUUACUUCAGGUCUUUGUUGAAAUGUGGCUUCAUCAUUACUCCCUGGACAUGUACCAGAAAAUGCAGUCCCCUCACAUCAAGCUGGAAGUUCUCCACCACCGACUCAGUAUAUCCAGCACCCUCCACUGUAAUCCUGCCCAAUCCAGCUACCAGGCCCUCCACACCUAUCAAGAGUCGUUCAAACCCACAGAGGAACACGUCCUGGUUAUCCGGCUGCUGGUGAAGCACCUGCAUGCUUUCAGCAACAGUUUGAAGCCAGAGGCAGCUGCUCCUGCGGGACAUUCCCAUGCUGCCAGUCCACUGGAGGAAUUCAAGAGGAUUGUGAUUCCCCGGUUUGUUCAGCAGAAACUCUACAUAUUUCUGCAGCACUGCUUUGGCCACUGGCCUCUGGAUGCCUCUUUCAGAGUGGUGCUGGAGAUGUGGCUAAGCUACUUGCAGCCUUGGAGGUAUGCUCCGGGGAAACCGCUGCAGACCAUGGAGCUACUGCCUCGCGGCGUUACAGACAAAUGGGCUGCCUUUGUUCAGGAGAACCUGCUGAUGUACACCAAGCUCUUCAUUGGCUUUCUGAAUCGAGUGCUCCGCACAGACUUGGUCAGCCCCAAGAAUGCCCUGAUGGUAUUCAGAGUGGCCAAGGUUUUUUCCCAGCCCAACCUCACCGAAAUGAUCCAGAAAGGAGAGCAGCUCUUUCUGGAAACAGACCUUGCUCUUCCUCACCGGCAGCACCGCCUCUUCAUGAGUCCGUCUCUUGGAGGGGGCUUCUUGUCCUCCCGAACUCCAACCAUCACAGAUGCUUCAUUUAAGGUGAAAAGUCAUGUUUACAGCCUUGAAGGACAGGACUUCCAAUAUAAGCAGAUGUUUGGGCCAGAAGUCAGGAGUCUGGUUUUACGACUGGCCCAGCUUAUUGGCCAGGCACAGCAGACAGCCAAAUCAAUCUCGGACCAUUCUGUGGAGACCAUGGCCAGGCAUUCCUUUCUUUCAUGGAUCUGGUUUGGAUCAGCUGACUUGAAUGGUUCCUAUAUAGGCAAUGACUUGGAUGAAAUUGGACAAGAGAGCAUCAAAAAGACAGAUGAAUACUUGGAAAAGGCCCUGGAAUAUUUAUGUCAGAUAUUUCGGUUAAACGAAGCCCAGCUGAGCCAGCUGAUGCUGAACUGGGGAGCAGCCCAGCAAGAGAGCGGAAAGCAGCAGCUCCCUGAUUGCACAGAGAGCGAAAAUGGGCUUACUCUCACACCACUUGGCAGGUACCAGAUCAUCAAUGGUCUGCGCAGGUUUCCAUUAGAAUACCAAGGGGAUCCUGAGCUUCAGCCUAUCCGAAGUUAUGAAAACACUGUUCUUGUGCGACUGCUUUUUCGGCUGUCUUCAGCCAUCAAUGAACAGUUUGCAGACCAAAUGGAGAGUGUCUGUGCCAGAAGAGACUUCCUUGGGAACUUCUGCCGCUAUCAUCUCACCAGUUCCAUCCAGAUGGAGAAGGCCAGGUGCCAUUUUCUGAUCAAACAGAGGCUGCAGCAGAUUCGGCAGCCAAGGAUCAGCCUGAGAUUUCUGGCAAGCUACAGGACUCUUCUUUCCUUGUUCAUGUUGUAUUUCAUUGCUUCAUGGUUUUGCAUUGGUCCAGUGACUUGCACCUUCUUACUUCUCCUUGCAUACCUUUUUUAUGCAGUAGUCAUGACUUUCUGGACUGAGAAGAGGAAACUGCACCAGCACUAAUAUUUGCAUUUCAUACCACUAAGCAGACCACCUCUGCCUGAUAAUCAUGACUGGGGUUGUAGAAGUCUAAUUCUGUGCUUGAUGCCUAUUUUGUGUUUGAUAUGUUUAAAUAUUUUUAACCAAGGGAAACUUGAAUGGAAAUCCCUUAUAACUGUUGAAGUUAUGUUAAUCUGUUUUGAUAAACAGACUUUUUAGAAGACCACAA